AUGGGCAAGCGUGGAGGAGAUCACCCGCAUGGGAAGGUGGCCAAAGCCAAGGCUAAGCCGAAGCCAUUGGUGUUGCCACCUGCGGUUGGUGACGCGUCCAUCAACGCAGCCAUCCAAGCAAAAUUGGCUGAUUGUGACACCACCAUCAAGACCCAGUUCACAGAUUUGCAGGCUGCAAACCCAACUGCGAGUUCGGGAGUUGCUGCUUACGAAAAGGUCGCCUGUGCAAAAGCUUUGUCUUCAGGUCUUCCUUAUGUGGCAUCAUGCCCGUUCUACUGGCUGGAUCCAAAUUUCGAACUGCAACCGAAUGUUCCCAAAUAUCAGACACGCAUCGACAAUCUCCAGGAACACUUUUUCAGUUCCCCGGCCUACUUGGACAAGCCCAUUGAAGUUUUCCUCCGAGAGGGUGAGAUCCCUCACAAGAUGAUUGGGUCGUUGAAAGCCACAGACCCUCCCGAGAUGCGGGACGCGUUUCGACAAGCAAUUGCGGCUGCGAUCAAUGGCACCGCCAAGGCCAAGGAGUUGGCGGAGUGGAGAGAGAUUUUGAUGUCCACCGUCUUCAAGUUUGUGGAAUCUUGGGUGACAGAUGGUGACACUCACAUCGAUUCGGUGUUUGCAACAAUCGUGCAGCGGCGAGAAGACAUUUGUGUGAUGAAAGAGAAUAUGGCGGUGACCACUAUGAUGAGAAUUUACGAGAUCAUCGAUUUUAAACGGCAAAUGGAGGCAACCGCAGUCCAGCAGAUUUUGAUUGCUUUGGACCAGCUCCCCGUGAACCCAAUAGAUUCGAUUUACAAAAUCCGGGAGAUUGUUAUCCAAGCAGAGAAAAAACCAGAAUUGAUGAGCUGGUCCUUCAGCAUGAUCGCUGACCAUUGGCAGCAUGUUGAUGGAGCCGACCCCAUCCCAAUUCGAAGGCUGAAAGAACAGAGUGGCAAUGACAUCAGCCUUGUCCGCCUUUUCCUGUGGAAAAGGCAACUGAGGGACCACCUCUGGCGGUAUAUGGACCAAGAGUUUGCCUCCUGGGAUUGUGCCAUCAAGACCGACAUUCGGCGGUUGACAACUUCGGUUGCGGUGCUUCGCGAGCACCUUGGCUACCAAGAGGCUACCAAGAAGGAAGGUGACAGCAGCAUCAUCACCUACAGGCCUAGAGCUCAAUGGCCAGAGUCAGCCGAUGGCUUUCUGAAUGUCUUUGAGUCGUUGGUAUUUGGCUACCAUUUUGACGACAGCAUCAUUGCUCAAAUGAAGAACCACCGGUCGAUCGAGGACACGCUGGGCCAUCGUGACCUCAGGAUGUUCAUGGACAGGGUCACCAAUGCCUAUGCAAAAGAGAACCCGAACGAGAAGGAGGAAGAACUUGAGAAAGAUGAAACCGAUGUUGCGGCCAACGCUCAUGCUGUAGAAGAAGCCUGUGCUCUUGCCAAUCUGUCAGAAGCUGAGAAGAUUGUCAGGGCCGCAACCCCAGAGGAACUAGCAGGGGAUCGGUUGCUCAAAGUGCAAGCGGGGUGCCGCAUUGCAGAGAGGAAAGUGAGGCAGCAAGUCCAUUUCAUCCAUGAUACUGACGACGAGGGAAAGCUGAUCAGUGACAUGAAAGCUGCCUUGGCCAGUCAGGUGCGAGGGGAUGAGAACAACCGGAAAUAUGUCUGCAUCGUGCUGGACAUAAAGUGUCUGUGUGAGGCAGGCAGUCAAGGUAAAUACCGGCUACCGCCGACAAGGGCCGCUCAAGUGAAGCGCUUGCUCAAUGGCGUGCUCGGAUCCCGCGAUGAAGGAGACCUGACGGACGGAGACGUCCUUGUGAUUGUAGAUGGAGGAAAAGGAUCAGGAACAGAUUGGGUGGACAAGCAGAUUUGCAAACACCUUCCUGCCAAGCGCUACGAGAUGCUGCAACACUUGAUUGUGUACACGCACGAUUCCUGUGAGAAGAGGAUGGCAAGAGCCAGCAAAGCACCUCUACAAUUGUCGGAGACAGCCACUUUCAUCACCCAUGCGGAGCUUUCUUUCAAAGUUCAGCCAAGAUUGUUUUCCGGAAGCACCCGAGGAAACGUCAUUGGUCCACUGGCAAAGCCGGACUAUACUGAUGCUGCUGGGGUUUGGCAGGUGCUCUAUGCCGACAAGAAGAAGAUGUUUGGCGACGCCAACCUUCCACUUCCAGGUGGCACUUUGCCUCAUGAAUUGGACGAGGAGGAUGAAGAGGAGAAGAAGCAAAAGACCAGAGUGAGGAACUCAGAUCUGGUUCCAGCUUUCUUCCACGAAAGUCCUCAGAGCGUCGCUUUUGAGAUAGCGCAUUCGCUCCAAUGCAUGGCUAUCUUAGACCUAGCAUGUGGCAGCGGGCACUAUGCAUUUUGGGCUAUCAAACACAGAGUGCCGUAUUGUGGCAUUGUGUUCAAUGAGCACCAUGAGAAGGCCUUGAUGCAGAAGUUGGUGUCCCGCACCCUCACGGCAAUGUGCGAUUCAAAUGAUCAUGAGCUAUAUGACUCAUCUCUUGCCAAUGAAGUCAUUGAGCAUGACAAGGAUAAUACUCCUGCAGAAAACAGUCAGGAGGGAGGUCGUGGAAGGGGGCGAGGCGGGCGAGGGCGUGGGCGAGGUGGUGGAAAGCCCAAGCCGGAGCCCGCGGCGGAGGGUGCUGCUGGGGAUUCAAGGGACGAUCUCUUGAAGAUGAUUCAGGACGCAGCUGCUCCGACUGAGCCUCAGGAAGCAAAAGUGUGA